UGUAAAUCAGUUGGAUCAACACAGUGGAAAAAAAAUUAGCCAGACAUAAAUGAAGAUGAAGAGACUGAUGACAAAUGUCGAAAGGAAUCAACACUUCAUGAAGAUGAAGAUGAAUAAGGAGCAGCAACAGAUAAAGAAAAAUAAGAAGAAUAAAUAAAAAUUAUACUGAGAUAAUUCAAACAAGCUAUGUUAGUGUCAGCUUUGCCAACAAGAUUGUAAUUUAUACGAAGUUAUAUGUAACAGAGCAUCAAAGCAUAUGGAUAAUCUAACUUGGUGGAACAAAGUUGAUCAACAACAAUAUCGAGUUGAUAGAAGUGAGCUAAAUAAACAAGAAGAGCAAGCGCAGGUCACAUAUUGACGUAUGAUUCUAGCUCAUACGACCGUGAAUAUACCAGACUUGAUUCCUGGAGUGAAGUUCGAAGAAUGACCCAAUUCCAUUGCUCUUUAAACCGCAAUUCUCUUAGGACAUUGCUGCUGUUGGCAUCGUACAUACGAACAUGAGAAUCGUAGUCGUAACAACAAGGACACAAGAGGAGGACUGGGAAUGAAAUAUCGGUGACACGGAAGCGCCCACACUCUUUUACUCUUUUGGCUCUUGGCGUCAAACUUGCUUGAGUUAUAAAAUAAAAUUAGUUUUAUUCUUAUUUCACGCACGCCUACUUCAUGACCGUACUACUUGGAGUAUUCAUUUUUUUUUUGUUUAAAUAAAAGAAUAAAUAAAAAUAGAGUAUGAAAGAAGAAGUAGAGGGAAAAAAGUUGAGGAAAGGAAGCUAAAGAAGAUGUGGAAGUGAUGAGAAAUAAAAUAAAAGUGAUAUGUGAAAUGUAUUAUGGAGAUUGAAUUUAUUUAAGAAUUAUAUGUAAUCGUGAGAAGAUUAAGAGAUGGCGUGUCUACUGCUUGAAGAAGUGGGAAAUUGGAAUAGUUUUUCUUGAUGAUGCGCCGUGUACUCAGCAGUUGCAGCAGCUGUUCAAGUCAGUUUGAGGGCCUAGGAUGUAAUCGGACAGAGGACUUUGAUACUCCGGUCAGCUCGGGUAGCAACAUGGGUAGUGUAGCAAGGUUUCCAAAGCUAGAUGAGUGUGCUCAUUUUCACUAUGAGCAUGUUGAGCUUGGUGGUCUUGAGGUCUCGGUAACUGAAGUGCCAAAUGAUUCAACAUUUGCAGUCCGAGUGACUUCUGGAGAUAUAUGUUGGACACUUCAACGUUCUUAUGAGAACUUUGUUAUGUUUGACAGACAACUGCAUCGUUGUAUCUUCGAUCGCAAGUUUUCAUCAUUGGCAAAGCUGCCGGACAGUCAACCAGAGAAUGCUCAAGAAUUGUUAGCAGCUUAUCUAGAUCAUUUUUCUCAGUUAAAUCAUGAAGGAUUGAACUGUGGACCUGUAUUAAAUUGGCUACAACUUGAUAAUCGUGGACGUAGAAUUUUAGUUCCUGAAUCAGACUCAUGUCCAAUCAAUACACCUGCUGUUGCGGCUGCUUACGCAGUAAAACCUUAUACAGCUCAAGCACAGGAUGAGAUAUCCUUUCAGGUCGGAGACAUGAUAUCAGUGAUAGACAUGCCACCACCGGGAGAAAGUAACUGGUGGAGAGGCAAAAAAGGUUUUGCGGUGGGUUUUUUCCCAGCUGAAUGUGUAGCAGUGAUUGGUGAUAAAGUACCUCGUCAUUUGACUGUAUCUACAACUGUUCGUUCAAAACUGCCUGUUAAGCCAGUCCUCAGGAAACACGGCAAGCUUAUUGCCUUCUUUAGGUCUUUUAUUCUCAACAGACCGUCUAGGAGGCGAUUAAAACAGUCUGGAAUUCUCAAAGAACGAGUCUUUGGAUGUGAUCUUGGUGAACAUCUCUUAAACUCUGGCCAAGAAGUGCCAGCUGUAUUGACGUGCUGUGCUGAAUUUAUUGAAACCCAUGGUUUGGUUGAUGGAAUUUAUCGUCUAAGUGGUGUGACCUCAAAUAUUCAACGACUACGGCAUGCAUUCGAUGAAGAUCGGGUGCCUGCUUUGCAUUCAGAUGAGAGUAUACUUCAAGAUAUCCAUUCAGUUGCAUCCUUAUUAAAAAUGUACUUUAGAGAGCUACCUAAUCCAUUAUGCACUUAUCAGCUUUACUCCACCUUUGUCAAUGCUGUUCAAGCUAAUACUGAUGCUGAAAGGUUGAGGAGAAUGAGGGACGCUGUUAGAAAGUUACCGCCUCCACAUUAUAGGACUUUGGAGUAUUUAAUGCGUCAUUUAGUGAGAGUAGCAGCUCGUGGAGCAGAAACAGGCAUGACACCUCGCAACGUUGCUAUUGUUUGGGCUCCAAAUCUUCUUAGAUGCAAAGAACUUGAAGUUGGAGGUGUAGCAGCUCUCCAAGGAGUUGGAGUCCAAGCCGUAGUAACAGAAUUCCUCGUGUGUUAUGCUGAAUUAAUAUUUGGAGAUGGUCCAGUAGGUCGACCUAAAUCUUUAGCUAUUACAACACCAGCACGAUUACUUAGCCUAGAGGAAGCGAGAAAUAGAACUUUGCGGAAUGAUUCAGAAUAUAUUGAGGUUGGUGCUGGUCCUGCGGGACUACCAGCUCACUAUCACACAGUAAUUGAACUGCCAAGAAAGAGAAAUGGUUCUAAACGUUCGCCAUCAUUGAACUGGAGAGCAAUCUUUAGUCGAGGUGGGUUUGGAACUCGUGGAAAAACUCGACAAGUUGGUACUCCACCUCAGAGUGAAAAUUUAUCUAAUUCUCUUAAUGCAAUGAGAAGAUUAAGACCAGUCAAGAGUGCAGACAGUCUAGAUGGUGAAGAUAGUAUAGGUCCUUUGAUGGGUCCACCACCAAAUAGACCUUGUGGUCAUAGUCGAUCAGUUUCUCAUGACUCUUACUUUGAUCAUUUAGCAGACGCUCCAAGUUCUGCAUCACCACUUGACCUCUCAGAAAUUCAAUUGAACUUCGACUUAGAAGAACGUGAAAUGAGAAUGUUUUCUGAGGAAGAGAGUGGAGGUGUUGCGUCAGUUGAAGCAUCACCACGUCGACAAAGGAACGAAAUUCCUUCCUGUAUCGCUGCAAGUGGUGGAUCUAAAAGGAAACGAUCACGACUUGAAGAACGACUUCAUUGUGAUGUUGAAUUAAGAUUCAUUGAUAGCCAAAGUCCAGAUCAAGUAAUGGUAUCAGCGGAUGUACAUGGAAUGGAAUCACCGUCAUCAUUAGCAACUCCAGGUUAUCUUCCGUUGUUAUCUGAAGCUUCCACGCCCCUUAGCCCAUCUACAUUACAAACAACACCUCUUUCGAUAUCUCCUAGAAACGGGAACAGUCCGAGAAUAAGUUUCCGAAGUUUUACUCUGCCACUUGACUUAGAUGAUCAAACCUGUGAUACUGACGUGUCGAAAAGAGGUGUUUCUGCUGAAGAAUUAUCUCUAGAUCCUAGUCAAAGAUUGUCUGUUAAUUUAAAUACUAUUAAUGUUAAAUCGUGCGAGAGAAUAGAUACUUAUAAAAGUCAUGAAUCAACAAUUGAUAAUAAUGUAGAAAAGUCAUCAGAAAAUUUAAUUGAAACAUCUCAGGAUCAAGAAAUGACGUCUUGUGAUGCACUUGAUCUUCAGUGUACAGCUCAAAAAGAUAAUUUUUCUAAUACAUCUGCUAUGAGCUUCCAAGAUGAUGAUAAAUCAAUUUGCGAUACUAACCAAAGUCUUCCUGAUGGAUCAAAUUCAGGAAACGAUGCUAUUAUUGGUAACUCAAUAAUUCAUUGUAGAAAUGAGCCUGCAGGUUUACCGUCUUCCAGUGCAACUGAUUUGGAUUCUCCAAUGUCUUGCGAACAAACAAUUGAAGACUUGCCUGAUUCUGGUUUUGUUAUAUGCGACAGUUCUGACAAAAUGUUCACAAGUACUGAUACACAGCCAUUAGCAUCAAAUACGAAUGAUUCAGGUGAAUGGGUAAUGAUUGAAAGAACAACAGAAUCUGUUACAACACCGACGAGUGAAGCAAGUAGUCCUAAAGAUCCUCUUGAAGGUACUUUAAAUCCUGCCAUUGCUACUGAUCCACCUAGACAAAGAUCUACGUCUGAUAAUAUAUCAAGAACAUCUCUAGAUCUUACAAUGGGAUCAACUGUAGAUACUGAUACAUCUUGUAUUGGUGUAAGUGAACUGACUGAAAGCCCUGUAUUGGUACAAGAGUCUGGCGAAAUGUCAUUCGAUGUAGAAAAUAAAGACAAUAAAGUAUCUGAUCAAGAUGAAAACUCCCAAAUGUCAAGCUUGGAUGAAAGAAGAUGUGGAAGUGAUCGUAGAAAUGGUAAUGAUAGACCCUGUACGGAUAGUGUAAUAAAUUCAACGUCACAUAUGGAUCCUGGAAGAAUGGAACACGAGCAUGAAUGUUGCAGCUAUAGUUUAAGAUUAGAUAAUGAUAAUGUCUACCGACAUAACUUGAAUGAAUCGACAGAAGUAAUGUUUUCAAAGGCUAAUAUGGAGGAUAACCUUCUGAAUUACAAAUCAAUAAAUCCAGAGAAAGACAACGAGUGCAAUCGCACAAGUAAUUAUCUUAAUAUGGAAAGAAGGAAUAUUUCUGAUGAUAGAAAUGAAUGUUUCGAUAGAGGACAAAAUACAAGAAAUAGUUUUAGUCAAAGUUCAAGAAACUCUCAACCAUUAAAUAGAUUGUAUUUACCUAAACUUGUGCAAGAGAGUUUAAAAAGAAACGCUAAUACUCAAAUUCGUGAUAAUGAUGAGGUUGUGAUCCCUUCAGAACACGCAGCAGAAGCUUGCGAAAUAGCUCACGAUCCAGAAGGUGCAUCUGAAACCAACUCACUUGAUUCUUCGUACUCGUUUUCAAAUGCAAGCUCACCUAUUGAUGAGUCAGUGGUGUUAAGAGAUACAGCAGCAAUACUCCAAGAGUUGGCACUGCAAAGACUGUCUGGUGGUGUUGGAAGCGAAACUCCCAUCCACUCUAGACGAAAAUAUGAGACUGAUGCAGCAAGAGAUCGAAGAAGUUUUGAAUCAGAAAUAAAUCGUGACAUGAGAGAAAAGAAAAUGCGGAAUGAAAAUGAUAAUUGUAGAGGAAAGUCUGAUGAAUCAAACAAUGGAGUUCAAUAUUUACCACCAUGUUUGCGUGCUCGUCAUGCUCGGUCUACACGAGCAGCAUUAAGCCGUUCAUUAGAUGAAGAUAAAUUUAAUCGUAUGACCAGUGAAUCAACACGAAUGCCGCCAAAGCAAAUGUCUGAUGAUUCUCAACACAAUUCAACUCCCAAUGUUGGUGUUGAUUUAUUGUCUUCCUCACAAAGUACAGAUAAAUUGCAAUCUAGAAAUUUAGGAUUAGAUCUUGGUGAUCCUAGAUGCCGAGAAAGAAUCGAAAGGUACAAAGAGGAAAGACGAAUGUUUCUUAGAGAUAAAUAUAGAAGUGAGAGUUUUCGAGGUUCAAGUUCAAGGAACGAGGAUGAUGGAGAACAAGCACUGCUAGCUCGACUGAAACAGCGUGCUUCCAGACCUUCUCUUCAUUAAUUUUAAUUAAAGAAAAUUAAAAUAGAUUUAUACUAAAUCAGUUGACACCACAAAUUUAAAUCUGUAUUAAUUGACAAGUAAAAAAAAAAAUUAUCAAUUGUCACUAACUAUUUGAAGGCUAGAGAUAUAACGUAUGUGCGAUAUUGUUGAUUUCAAGUUACUAUAAAUUGUUUAUCAUUGAUGUUAGAGGAAAUUUUUACAUUCCUUUAAGAAUAACCUUAACGAUUUUUCUGUUAUGUAAAGAGGAUAAGAUAUUCAUUUGGUUUGUUUACUA